AUGCUUAAUAUAUCAAAAAAUAAACUCAAUAUAAAGGAGCAAGAAAUAAUUGAUGAAAUAGCAGAUUACCGUUGUAGAAGUGGCAAGUUAUUUGGAAAUAACUUCCUAUGGAAAAGUAGUUUUGAUAACCCAGUCUCCUGGUGGAAAGGACUGUGUUCUUCAUCUUCAUUAUCACAAGUAGCGUCACGAAUUUUGAUGAUGCCAGCAUCUUCGGCUGCCACGGAACGCAGUUUUAGCGUUUAUAGGCAUAUUCAUUCAAAAAAGAGAAACAGGCUUACUAAUGAUAGAGCCGCUAAGCAACUCUAUGUAUCCCACUAUGAAAACUUGCUGAAGAAAAUAGGAAACGGCAAUAGAUCAAUUUUUAUUUCCUAUACUAUUGAAGAUUUUGAGGAAGUAGCCUGGCAAGAAGAUGUUAUUGAGUGUGAUGCUGAUGACAGCGAUAAAGAUAUGCCUGAUGCUGAUGACACCGAUGAAGAUAUGCCUCUUGCUCGACUAGAAUCUAGACAAGAGUACUUAAUUGAUUCACCAAGAAAUAUCGACGUACAGGGAGAAGUAGUGGAAAUAUCGGAAGAAACAAUAAGAAUGGCUGCCAAGAACUUAAAAUCAGGCAAAGCAAGCGGCCCAGAAGGAAUAUACUCCGAAAUGUUGAAAAAUGGUACGCAGAAACUAUUUAGAAGCUUGGCAUUAAUUUUCAAUAUUUGCUUAAACGGACAUCCCGUUCCAGAAGACUGGAAGCUGGCUUAUAUUUCUUCGAUCCAUAAAAAAGGCAAUAAGCUGGACUGCAGUAACUACUGUGGUAUAUCAGUGACGAGCACAAUGAGCAGGUUAUAUGGUAGAAUUUUACGUGAUCUCAUAGAAGAAGAUUAUAGAGAAAAGGAGGAAGAAGAACAGAAUGGUUUUAGAGCAGGAAGGUCGUGUACAGAUAACGUGUUCUGUUUAAAACAAGUUAUAGAAAAAAGAUCGCUCUUAAGGAACUAUAUAAGGACGCAAAAUGGAAAAGAGCUUACAGAAACAUUUAUAACCGACAAAGGCUUGCGACAAGGUUGUUGCAUCUCCCCUACUCUCUUUAAAAUAUACGUUGCAGUCGCUUUAAAAAAUUGGAAAAGAAAGAUCCGUGGUAUGGGCAUAGAGAUUGACAAUGAAUGUUUGUUCACACUUCAAUUCGCAGACGAUCAAAUAAUAGUUGCCAAUGACAAAGAUGAUAUGCAAUAUAUGCUAAGAAAACUUAUUGAAGAAUACGGAGAAUGGGGCUUGACAGUUAACAUAGCCAAAACAAAAUAUCUAUGUAUAGGCGCACAAGAAGGAAACUUGAACUUGGACAACGGUCACGAAAUUAAGCAGUGUCAAGAGUAUGAGUACCUGGGAAUUACAUUUGAUAACACUGGAACUGACGGCAGAGAAAUAGAGAAAAGGAUUAUCAACGCGAAAAAAUAA